UGGGGACGCCGGAGGGCGGGAGUCUCCGCGAGCCGCGCGGCGCACGGAGCACGGCGGCCGCCUGAGCUCGGCGCGGAGCCCGGAGCCCGCAGCCGGCAGUCUCCUGCUCCCGUACGCUGGGCGCCAGCUCCGGCUGUGCUGCCCGGCUGCCUGUGAGCGCGCCCGGCCAUGGAGCCCUCGCUCAAAGACGCCGAGACGGCGGCGGCGGCGGCAGCGGUGGCGGCGGCGGAUCCCCGGGGGGCGUCCUCGUCCAGCGGGGUGGUGGUGCAGGUCCGCGAGAAGAAGGGCCCCCUGCGCGCCGCCAUCCCCUACAUGCCCUUCCCCGUGGCCGUCAUCUGCCUCUUCCUCAACACUUUCGUGCCGGGACUGGGGACAUUCGUCUCGGCCUUCACUGUGCUGUGCGGGGCCCGCACCGACCUCCCGGACAGGCAUGUGUGCUGCGUCUUCUGGCUGAACAUUGCAGCAGCCCUCAUCCAAAUCCUCACUGCCAUCGUCAUGGUGGGCUGGAUCAUGAGCAUCUUCUGGGGCAUGGACAUGGUCAUCCUUGCCAUUUCCCAAGGCUACAAGGAGCAGGGCAUCCCACAGCAGCUGUGAGCCCACGGGAGCCGCUGGGGAGAUCCAGGGGGGCCCUGUGAGGGCUGCACCAGGCAGCUUUGGGCACAAGGACCUUUACAUGUUCUCUUCUGCCAUUUUCUGGACUGGGGGUGGAAAGGAGGUAUUUUUAAAAAUAUUAUUUAUUUUGAAAACGCAUCUGCUUUCCUCAGCAGGUUGUGAGGGCUGCCAGCCCCUCCUGCUCCGGAAAGCACUGUGGGCGCAGGCACCAGAGCAUCAGAGAGUGGGGUGGAGAUGAGAACGCCCACAGAGAGGCUGGGAUGCUCCGGCAGGCUCCAACCGGCCUUGCUGUACCCACUGCCCACUGCAAGGGCACACCACAGCUGCUGGGCCGGGCCACACCGGGCCCUGUCUGGGUGAGCAGGGGCUCACCAAGGGGACAGGACUGUGGUAGACCCAUCCUCUGGAACCCCACCUGCCUCAAAAUCUGGUGCCCCAAGUGUUUACUGUGUGGUCUCCUGGGGGCAACACCAGGGUGGGGGUGAGGAUGGCCCGGCUCCAACCUAGCGUGGAAAGGCCCACUGUGCCCACAGCCGGCCUGAGGCCUCGGGGAGAAGACCAGUCCCACAGGUGUCUCCUGGGCCUGCCUCCCUGACCGCACCGCCCGCCUCCUCACAGCUGAAAUCUAAGGGCUGGGUGUGUCGUGACCUGUGUUUAAGGAGAGGAGUGGCUCCUUCCCUGGGGUGAAACUGCCAGAACUGCCAGAUGUUUAUACACUAAGUUAUUAGACCGAAGCAAGAGUGGGCAGACUAGCAGCCUUUCACCCAAUACUUAACAGCAUUUCUGGCCCACAUUCCUUUUUCUGAAGUCAUUGGGGCCAGAUGUGUCUCCGAAUUGAGAAGUUUUAGAUUUGAGAAAGACAAUGCGAUCCAUUUAUCGUACACUUUCUAACUUCCCGGCAGAGUGUGGAACAUCUCGCCUACCAUCAGGCACGUGAAUAUUUCUGCAGAGAAACAUGUGACUAGUCCCAUUAAUUGGGAGCUAUACAAACUGUAAAUAGCUUCACCUCAGUUCAGUCUAAUUUUGCCACUAAGUAACUUAGGGAAAAACUUACCAUUUGAGAGCUUUUAGGGUUUCAGAAUUGCAAGAACAAUUGUAGGGGGUUGUGGACCUGGAUCUGAAUAUCCUACUUACAAACAGAUGCAUUAGAGGGUGAAAUUGUCAGCAUUAGACAGGGACUCCUUCAGUUGCCCAAGGACCACGGGCCUCUUUAAGGAGCCCCUCUGUAAGUGAUUGGGACAGGGCUAGAUCCCUAAUGAGGGCUAGGGGUGGGGAGAAUCUAGCAGAAGUUGUCCGGGAUACUGUGGAUCAAGUAUCAAUCUGAAAUUAAGAGAAAUUAUAGUAAGAGGAUGGACAUUUACAUGUCUGUUUCCUUUCCUUUCAUUUUCAUUCUAACAUAGGAAAUGCUAACAGGUGGGGCUGGCCCAAAGUCAAGCUUCUGACUCCACUUGACACAGUGCCAUUGGGCAUGUCCCUCUUCGAAGGGCUUGUUUGUCUAUCAGAGACUGUCAGAACUCCAUGAGGGUAGGAGAAGGGAUUUUGCAGGAUGAAAGUGCUUGGGAAGCAGUGGCCACCAUUCUGGAGGUUUCAGCCCACCUACCCCAUCCACUGGGCUUUCUAAUCACAGUCCUGCCUGAGAAGCCGGCCCUGCCGCCCACCCCUUAGCAUGGAUCCCUCAGCUACUGUCCAUCUUCCAUUGCCGCCUGGGGCUCGGCUGCCAUUUUUGAACACCUGGCAGUGUCUUUGUCGCAUCCUGUCCUCUCUUCUUACAGACCCCGACCCAGGCCUUUGCCUUCUUCUCUCCUGUUUGGAAGCCUCUGUAUCUUCAAGGUGUGGGAACAGAUUUGGUUUUCUCUAAAAAGCUAGAACCUUCUGCUGUGUGCAGCGGGCAUCCUCCAGGCUGGUGCUCGCUGCUCUCGAGGAAGCUGCGUCAGAGUGGAGCCGCCCCUCCACUCAGAUAAAAUAGCUUCAGCUGCAGGAAGCCGCCCCCUCCCAUGCCCACCAGCCCACAGCCCUUCACCCCACACAGCCCCCAGAGUUUGCCCGACACCCCCUGAGUGAUGACAGGUCUCAGGAGGGGGCCGCCCCCACACACGGGAGGGAGAAGCUUAUUUUCCCCGCUUGGGCUGGGGGCGGCUGCUGAGGGGGUGAAGAAGAGAUAGCAAUUUGUGUAGCAUGUUUAGUGACACAAUCCAGACGCAGGUGGGACUUUCUUGAGUGGCAGGUGUCACCCUGGGUCCUGUGUGGGACGGCUUAAUACAGGGGUUUGUGUGUUUGUGUGUGUGGAGGGCCAUUGCGCCCCCAGAUCCUCCUCUCCCCCGGGGGCUGCGUCUCUAAACCUGGGAACACAUCAGCCUCAGAAGGAGGCCCCUUUCCGGGUAACUGAUGUGUGGGAGAAGCCAAGAGGCCCCUGCCUGUCUCCUGAAUGAGGCUGUGAGGGUUGCCACGUGGGCGGGACCGGUUCAAAAUAGCACCCCCGCCCCUCUAAAUUAGACCGCGGUCUCAUCAUGAUCAUCUUCAGUAGAUAAGGGACAGUGGCUGAUUUACUCCAAGUAGUUCCAGCUGGCCACUCAGACCAGGGCCAGAGUUAACUUCUCAAACACCAGCCAGCUGAAAAUUAGGGUUCUCAUGCUGGCAAGUGCUUGGUUGACACACAGCCCUUUGGUGACAAAACUGGGCUUUGCCUGGAUAGUGCAGACAAGGCUGUUGGUUCAGAGGCUGCAGGGCACAUUCCAGGUUGGGGCCUUUUGUCAGUCGGAAUUCAAUAGGACGCUCCCUGGCUGUGGGUGUUUAGUGCAGGAAUCACAGGCUUGCAGAGAAAGUCAGAGGCAAUGAGAUGCUCCCAGUACCCAACUGUGCCACUGGGAUCAGGGUGGCUAUUCCCUGAUCUAGGGUCAGAGUGGGACCCUAGAGCCAGAGUGAGCUGUGGGUGGCCUGGGUGUGUCCUGCAGACGGUGGAGACUGUUGAUUUGGAUGUUGAGCUCUGAGUCAGUUUUAGAACCAAGGAUCUCAGGCUGAGAAGGCCAGGUCCCCAUGGGAGCGGCAGGAGUCUGAUGGCUCCUGGCUGCGGUACCAGCCCCCAGCUCGCCUGCCUAGCACUGGGGCUGCAGGGCGGGGGCUCUGCUGCUGGGGCCCACCCCAGCCUGCCACGCCACUGGCCUUGCCAUGGCAAGGAAGGGGCAGGCAGCAUGGUUCCCACCCUCAGCUGCCCCAGACCCACGCAUCCAGCCCCAAGAACAGCCUCACCCAGGCACGGUGCAGGGCGUUUUAGCUCCUGGGAGGGGAGAUGCUUUUGUGAGUUUCAGAUGUCAGAGCAGAAGCUCCAAGAGAGAGUAAGCCGUAUGCCCCCAAACACUCGGCUCCUAAGUGGCAGGACAGGCAAGUGGCCAGGUUGGGCCACCCCCACAGCCUGUGCCGUCCACACACUAACUACAGCACUCCCAGAAGAAGGAGCAGAAUCACAGGCAGCCCAGAGCAGGUCCUGUGGAGGGGUCCUCGCCCCUCAGGAGUGAUAGGGUGAUUAUGUCACAUGUUUAGUGACACAAUUCCACCUGCGUCUGGAUUGUGUCACUAAACAUGCAACAUAAAUUACCAUCUCUUCUCCAUCCCCUCAGCAGCCGCCCCCACCCCAAGCUGGGAAAAUAAGCUCCCUCCCAUAUGUGGGGGCGGCCCCCUCCUGAGACCUGUCAUCACUUAGGGGGAGUUGGGCAAAACCUCCUAGGAAGGUCCUGGACGCCUCCACCCUGCCCCACAAGGCUCCAUACUCCCACCUGCCCGGGCAGCCCUCACACCCAUGCUACCUCCUUUAGGCAGGCCCAGAAGGGCGCCCCUUCCUGAGGGUGUCGGGGGAUGGCGGCAGAGAGACAGCUGGUAUUAGGAGCUUCCCCAUCCUAAUAUGCAGGACCAAGUCUCCCGCUCUCGCAGCCAGGGGCUCCAGCCAUGCUGGCACAGGCAUCUCAGAGGUGUGAGAUGAACUCAGCCUCAUGCAGGAUGCCCAGGGUUAGGGAGCAGUAAGGAGGAUGCUACAGAAAGGAACUGCAGAAAGAAAAAAAGCCACAUGGUUAACUUUUCCCCUGGAGGGCAAAGGGGUCCGGCUCUCAAAAAGAAAAGCCAGGCACAGAUACCAACACCAAGUGUAAGGCAGCGCAAAGUGGGGCUGAAACCCCAGGACCGGGUCAAAGGCCCUCCGAAGGCCCGAGGUUCUCGAGGAGGAGGGGAAGCUGAUAGGGCCCUGGUCCUUCUGCACCAGCGUGGCUCUUUAAAAUACAAAACACCCACGAAGCCAAAAACCCUGAAACAUGUUCUUUAGCUAACCCCUUCCCUGCCCAGAUGCCUGCAAUUCCGAGAAUUCACUUCAGUUUUGCCGGGAUCCAACCCUUGGGCCUGAGGGUGGAGAGCUGGGCCUCCUCAGGGUCCCUUCUAGGCUCCCAGGCCCACCUUAGGCUUUAAUUGCACUGGCUGUUUCUUAUGGUGUUAGUGAAUUUUGCAAAGAAAGCCCAGAGCAUUGCAUAAAUGCUUGGGGGCGUGUCAUUUAAAUGGAAGUUCUCCAAUAGUGACUGAAGGCAGAGUUUACUGUUAUUCCUCCCUCUUGCUGGCUUUGUUGGAGGGCUUUUAUUAGAGGGAUUGGAGGUGGGAGAGCACUUUUAAAGUGCACCCCACCCCCUGCACCCGAGCUGCACCUAAGCUUCCCAGAGACCAUGACCUUGUAUGUGGCUGGAGGCCUCAGGCUUAGGAAGCAGCGUGAAGCCUUUGCUGCCAACCCACCCAGGAAAGAAGCCGGGCCUCAGGCUGAGGAAAGACAGGGUUUCCUCUCCAGGUAGUGGCCUCAGGCAGUCCUCACCAGGGGGACACCUCCCUGCUUUGCAUUAACUCAUCAGCAAGCUCAGCGAGAGCUAACGUGGGCCCAGCGGUCCUGUGCUUGGAAAUGAUGCCUUCACCCCCACACUCCUGCCUUCACCCCCACACUCCUGCCUUCACCCCCACACUCCUGCCGUCCCAGCCUCCGCAGGUGAAGCUGCAAGGUGAGCAGAGGCAGGAGUGGGGACACACUCUUCAAGGACAGCACUGCCCCUUCUCCCUCCAAAGAGCUCUGUGCGCUGGGUUUGGGGAUGAGGUGCCAGCCUGGUCGGGGGAGGUGACUGUGGUCCUUCUGACCGGCUUGGAUCUUGAAAACAGUCACAAAAAAGCUCAGCCCGAGCAGGCGGUGGGUGCAAGGCUCAGGGGCCUGUGUUUUCAUCAGUUUUCUUCCUGCAAGAUUCUUCGAGCUGGAUGUUCACGGGAUCAUAGGGGCAUGGAGGUGGUCACGCUCAGACAGUCAUGCACUGCCCUAAAUCCCACGCCCUGCAGAGAUAGGAAGAAUCCCAACCAGAGUGAUCCCAAACGUUCCCUUGUGGCCCAAGAGUGAGUUCCAGCCUGAGUGCUGUUAUGACUGCCGGCGUCUCUCCGACUGCCUCUCACCUCAGUUUAACCAUCUACAGGUUAGGAACAAAGAAGGGCUUAGGCAGCCAUUGUUUCCCCAUUUCUGUCAGAGCCAAGGGCUUGGAAGGCCAGCCCCAUCCGGGCAAGGGCUGUCCUCUCCUGCCCAGGCCUCACCUCCUUGCCAGCUGCAGCUGGCAAGAUUCUUUCUAGCAGAACAGAAACACUGGCCCCCAAUUCCACUCUCCCCUCCUGAUGCUACCGCAGAGGGCAGAAAGGUGCCCUGUAGCGUCCACUGUGUGUGUGUGUCCUAAGUUUCCAGUGCAGGUCAUCUGGAUUUGCAUUUAGCUAGGGAACCUCGGCCCUCAAACCCUCUCCCUCUCUGCCUGAAUUUGCCAAAAUGCCAACCACCCAGGCAGGUGUGGAUGCCACAGUCCAUCCCCGUUGCAUUUCACCCGCACAUGGACAGAGGCACACACUCACACACAUUCCCAGCACCUUUAACUGCUGGGGGAAGCAGGCCAGGGUCUGCCUGGAGCCUCAGGAUUGGGACUUAUCUCCAAAGGAGCCCACACCCCCUCUUCCGGGAUGGGCGCUGGCUGGCAGCACUUUUUUCCCUCAUCACAUCCCCGACCCCUGCUCAGCCCACAUGCACAUGCUGCUUCCUGUCUCCAGGGCCCUAGCCUGUGGAUCUCUUGCUCCCAUGCACUCCUAGGGUGAGUGGGCUCAGCACCAAACCUGGCUGUGCCCAUUCCCCACAACCCCAGCUUGGCCUCCUGUGGGAAGGGGAAGGCGGACCUGCCCAGAGGGGAGGGGCAGUGUUCCCACCCACCUGCUCCAGCACAGGAACCAGGGAGGAAAGAAAGGAGAGGGAGGUUCCAUUCACCGUUUUCUGGGUUAGCACUUGAUUGGAUGUUUCAAGCAAGGGACAAGGUGAUGGUGGCUGUAACAGGCUCCUCGUGGGCACCGUCACCCCAGAAGGCCUGGGCACCCAUGAGAACCUGUGGCCAGCCCUUUUCAUCGGCUAAGUUCCCUGCUGUUGUGCGUGGUGCCAUUUUUUUAAAAAAACCAACAUAUAUAAAAACAAAACAACUGGUUCUGUGUGUAUUAACCUAAUGUACAUAUGAAUGAGUGUUGUGUUGUGAUUUGCAGUGUUUUGACACCGUGAUUGGCUUUGUUUGGGUCUCUCUUCUUUCUCUGAAAUUAACUGCUGUGCAUUUUCACUGUUCUUAGAGAAGACUCUGAGCUCCUGGGGUUUUCUUGUCUCACUUCUACCCUGACCCGCUGGGAGCCCACCCCACCCCAGUCCAGCCAUGAGGGUAUUUCCAGCCUAUUCCAAUGACUGGAACACUUCUUGGAAGAAAACGUCUAAUGUCGGGGACCUAGGGACACUUCCAGGCUUGCCCUGGCCGGAACCCUGCAGCCUGGGGCCCAAGCCCGCCUGCAGCUGAGCUUUCCCCAACACCCUCAGGACCCAGCCCCAGCAGACCUUCCCUGGGAGCUGCUCAGGGGUCUCCACAGCGCCCUCUAGGGGCCAAGCAGGGUUCCAGAUUCUCCAGCCUUCUGCCAGCUUUAAAACCCUUCACUCAAGCAGCAUUACUGUACAUGCAAUGAAAAAUACUAUAUAUGACAGUCAAAACCUGUGUACAUAUCUCCAUGUACAUAUUUAUACAUACACACACCUUCCUAUUAUAAAUAUAUAAAGCAUGACAUCUCUUUGGCAUUCCAAGUUUGUGUUUUUUUAAAUCCUUGGAAAUAUGGCUUUGGAAACCUUUUUCUUCCUUUCCCUCUUUUCUAUGUUGUAAUAAACAUUCAUGUGACCUUU